AUGCAUAAUAAUAGCGACCUUGCCCCCGAAAAAGGCGUCGUGGCAGAGAAAAUGUUUAAUCUGGAAAAAAGCCGAACUCAACCCGGUGAGGCGACAGGGAGGCGUGUAGAAAAAGAAGAAAACGUCCCACCGCGAGAAGGUAUAAUAGAGUAUUCAAGUUUUUUACUACGCAAGAGUGUUGCAGCAGGCAAAGGAGAGCUCCAUACCCGCCAAGGGGUGGUAGCACAUAAGGCAAUUGUCGAAGACGAAGUAGUAGGCGAAGAACGUGUUGCAGAGGAAGGCAUAAUAGUGGAUAAGGAUAGGGUUACCGAUGAUGUAGUAAACCUUGAACAUAAAAAAACGGAGAGAGCAAUGGAGCAAUGCCUCAAGGUUGAAGAUCUAGACAACAUAUCUUUUUACGCGGUCAAAAAUUUCCUAACGGUCGAGGAUCUCCUUAAUGAAAUGUACGAGUCCGAAUUGAAUUUAUACCCGGAGAGUAAACUUGUGAUUAUAAUAGCACUGACGUGCUUCAUUUGGAUAUGCGCAGUAAUUUUGUUGUCAAGUCAUGAUCAGGGCGACGAGAAGCCGUCGUCUUUUCCUGCAUGGAUCACGUCAGGGACGUCUCACAGUGCGACUUCUCCAACUCACACCAAAUUCUCACCUAAUUUGUAUAUUUGCUCUACGGAGUACUGCCAGAAGGAAGGCAUGUACCUUAAAUCUUUAUUCAGCAAAGACGUGUCGCCAUGUGACAACUUCUACCAAUACGUCUGCCACUCCUGGAACAACGAUUUUCGCGUUUUACCUGAGGGUAGCGGCAUCGCUGUAUCGCGAGACACCCUCUUGCAGCAAGAAAUAGCACACAAAGUAUUGGAGAAUUUACUGAACAGUCACAAUUAUGACCUGCUACAAGCUAGGCAGCUGUACGAGGUAUGUACACAUCGCCCUAAGGACAGCUCAGUCGUAGCACUUCGAGAAAUAUUCAAGUCUUGGCCCCAGAAGACAUGGCCCAUAACGAACUCUCCGAGCGCAUUAGACAUGUCGCAUGUGUGGCUUACAGCUGGUAUUCUUAUGCGGGAAUUCGGAAUCGAGGCAUUUGUCGGCGUAGCUGUUGGACUCCACGGGGAUUCAAACAAACCGACCGUUGAACUGGAUCUCCCAAAAAGCUUAUAUUUCAAGGGCGACAACAUGUACCCAAAUAUUGCCCUCGUGUUUAGGGCGGCUAUUCGCGAGACAGCGGUUGAGUUUGGGGGCGUUGACUUCGUUGACCAGCUAACGCCAGAAAUCAUGUCCGUCUUUAUGGGACUCGCACAGCGGUAUCCGACCUCCAUCAACGCUGAGGUCCAAGAAACCACGUUUGACAGCAUCCGCGAAGGAUUGCGCACGUUCCUUUCAACAGUCUUCGGAGGUGACAUUCCAAUGAAAAGGAAUAUCAUCGUAAGAAACCCGCAAUUUAUCCACGUCGAGUUGGACACUCUCCUUAAAAAUAGCAGCGCAACGGCUCUUCUCAACUAUCUGGGAUUUCGGCUCAUCGUCUCCGUCGCUGCUUUUCUUCCGGAGCGUAUGCUAAACCUUCAGAUGUUGCUCAGCAUUGAAGCCACUGGCCGAGUGCUUACUUCGAACACGAGCUGGGUUCUUUGCCUCCUGGCCGUGGAGAGGGUGCUUCCAACGUGCCUGGUCAAAGCGUACGCCAAGGUCAAAAUCGAGAGCGGUGCGGACCUCCGGAGCCGCGUGUGGUUGUCCCAGCUCGAGAGCAGCUUUGGACGCAAUGCUCGUAGGCUCCUCUGGAUGGACCCUCUAACAUACGAGUUUGUCCUCAGCAAGAUGCAGAGUCACCGACUAUAUCGCUUCUUCUCUCCGAUGCUGCUAGCGACAAAUUCCUGCGCAGGUUCGAUCCCGAAGUUUGGUGACAGUGCGCUGGUCAUCUAUCACGAGGCGUGUAAGCGGUUUCAGCAGGCGCUCCUGCAUCGACUGAAUGAUGGGACCAAAUUUCGGCACCCUGGGUUCAGCGCGGCCCAACGCCAAGUGUACGUGCCGCUGGGGCUGGUCAACGACUCCGUUCCGACCAACGGCACGAUGUUUGCCUUCCACCUGUCUCGCGUCGCCGUGCGCCUCUUCGGCAGCCUGGUGCAGCUCGUCAACCAGUACCAGGACGAAGACUUCACCGAUCACUCUCAACGAACGCUGGACGAGCUGCUAGACUGCCUCGCCAGGGAUUGGCGUGCCCUGCCCAGCUCCUUCGACGCGGAGUCCAAGGACGUCGUGUCUGACGUCGACCAAGCCCGCUACGCGAUCCUCACCCAGACGGCGGCGCUGCGCCUUGCCUUUGUUGCUUUCCAGGAGCUGCUCCACGUGGAACGCAUCUGGAGAGUGAGUUUCCGACUGCGUCCGCUGCGGGACAUGAGUUCGCAGCAGCUGUUCUUCCUGUACUACGCGCUGGACAACUGCGAGCACAGUGACGCCCCCUUCAAGGCCCACGAGUACCUGGCGCAGAGGAGACUGCCCGCCGAGCUCCGGGUCAACUUCCCGCUCAGGCACAUGCCCGAGUUCUCGGAGGCCUUCGGGUGCGGACAGGGAAGCGCCUUGCGGCUGCCGCACAACGCCGUCUGCUCCGUCUUCAACCUCUCGGUCCCUUCCCUGCACUGA